UUUGUAAUAAUAUAAGCUUUGAAUGAAAAGCAUAGUCUCUCAGUUAUCUGUAUUCACACUCCGAAGCCCCUUAGCUAUGAUUCCCUAAUUGCCCUUAACUUUCGUCUUAAUUUACUUAAAAUGCCAUCGCAUCCCGAUCCCUCUCUUCUACCGGCGGUGAUAACUCCGCCGGCCGUUUCCACUCCCCACCACCACAACCACUACCACCGAGUCCUUGUGCCUGUUCUCGCAGGGACACUGACUGUGGCCGUUAUCGGAAUUUUUUUCCUCAUUGUUUAUAUCUACCGGAAGCUCUCGUACAACCGGACUGCUCCUUUUGACCAGAACAAUCAAACCAGCGGCGUUUCGAACCAGCACCAGAGGUUCUCCUAUUCCCUUCUCCGGCGAGCCACUGGGUCGUUCUCGGCUUCAAACCUUCUGGGUCACGGCGGGUUCGGGUUGGUUUACAAGGCUACGCUUCCGUCAGGUCAGUCCUUGGCAGUGAAGCUCAUGGACUCUCACGGCUCAAUCCAAGGAGAGAGAGAGUUCCACAACGAACUGUCUUUGUCCUUGAACCUCUGCUCUCCUCAUGUGAUUUCUCUUCUGGGUUACUCCAUGGACAGCCGUAGAAGAAAGCUCUUGUUGGUUUACGAGCUCAUGCCUAACAGAAGCCUCCAGGAGGCGUUGUUUGAUCGAAAGUGUGCGGAACUAAUGAACUGGAAGAAAAGGUUCAGCAUUAUCCUUGACAUUGCUCGAGGCCUCGAUUACCUCCACCAUUCCUGUAGUCCGCCUGUGAUUCAUGGGGACAUUAAGCCCAGUAAUGUUUUGCUUGAUUCUGAGUUCAAUGCUAAGAUCGGGGAUUUCGGUCUUGCAAGGUUGAAGACAGAGGAUCAGGAUCAGGGGAAUCUUGUAGUGGAAGAGGAAGAGGAGGGGGAGGAAAACGUCACGGAGAAGAAGGAGAAGAGGAGAAAUGAAGGAGUAGUUGUGGAGGUUGGGGAAGAUAAUGGGUCGAUCUUAGAAGAGACAGAGAGUGUCAGCGUGAGUGUGCUAACUGGUGGGUUUGAUCAAGAGGGUUUAAGUGUUAUUGAUCGGUCGCCGGAGAGUUGCAUCGUUAGGAUCUUAGAACCCGAGGCUUCGCCGGAGACUACGGUGGCGGAGUCGCCAGCAACGGUAGAUAAAAUUGGGUCCGUGUCGGAAGGCGGUUUCGACAGGUUGAGCAUGGAGAGUGGGAGAGAUUUGGUUGGGAACGGGAGGAGGAAAGGUGGUUCAGGGAGGGAUUGGUGGUGGAAACAAGACAACAAUGGGGCAGGGUCAGAGUCAGGGAGAGUGAAGGAUUACGUUAUGGAAUGGAUUGGGAAUGAGAUCAAAAAAGAGAAACCUAAAGCGGAAUGGGCCGUCGCGUCUCCGAGCUCGGCAGAGAAUCUGGAGUCGUCGCAAGCAGAGUCCGAACUAAAGAAGAAGAAGAAACGGAAGAAAAGAUUGGAAUGGUGGUCAUCUCUGGACGAAGAGAGAAUAGCUCAGAAGAAAGAGAAGAAUCGAAAACCAAGGGAAUGGUGGAAGGAGGAGUUUUGCGAAGAGCUCACUAAGAAGAAAAAGAAGAAGAAGAAGAACAGUAUAGGAGGUGGAGAAUCAUGGUGGCAAAAAGACGAAGAUGAGCUUCAAGAGAGAAAGAAGAGAAAGAGCAAGAGUAGCAGAGGGAGUAUCGAUUGGUGGUUAGAUGGUAUAAGCGGCGACCUGAGAAGUGGCCGGAGAAAUAGCCAAGAUUGGGCGAGUUCCGAUAUCCCAAAGAGUGGCGGCAUUAGUAGUACUCCUUCGAUGAGAGGAACCGUUUGUUAUGUUGCCCCCGAGUACGGCGGAGGAGGGCAGCUAUCAGAAAGGUGUGAUGUUUAUAGUUAUGGGGUUUUGAUUUUAGUAUUGGUUUCGGGGAGGAGACCGCUACAAGUGACAGCGUCGCCGAUGUCGGAGUUCGAAAGGGCUAAUUUGACCUCAUGGGCAAGGCAGCUUGCACGAAAUGACAGGCUUUUGGAUCUUGUUGACCCGUCCCUGCAUUCAUUGGAUAAGGUAGAGGCAUUGCUCUGCCUUACAAUUGCCUUGCUUUGCCUCCAGAGGACGCCAAGCAAAAGACCCUCCAUGAAAGAGAUUGUAGGGAUGCUGUCCGGUGAGGCGGAGCCACCUCAUUUGCCCUUCGAGUUUUCGCCAUCCCCGCCUUCCAAUUUUCCGUUUAAGUCCCGGAAGAAGGCACGGUGAGUUUAUAUAAUCUGAUGCUCUUUUUUCUUUGUUUUUGGGUUUUACCAUUUUGAUUAACUGUAGAGAAUGUACUGUUAGUAGGUGAUUAUCUAAUUAUCAUGCUUAUGUAGAAAGGAAAAGAAAAAAGAAAAAAGAAACGAAAAACAUCAUGAUUUUUAAGGCCAAAAGUGUUGCAUAGUUUUUCAUGUACAAAUCACUAUACUUUGUUUCUUUGUU